AUGUUCACGACAAUAAACUACUUUGUCUGUCUGUCUGUCAGUCUGUCUGAUGAUUGUGUUGUUGUUCAACAGGAGAUUGUCCUUGUCCUCGGUACGAACGACGUUUUCUCGGCUCCUCCAUCGGCAAUCGUGGAGAAGAUCGCAGACCUGUGCCAGGAGUUCCACGAGUGUCCUCGGCGUGAUCUCCUGAGUCGUGAUGGUCUCCAUCUAAGCUAUGACGGCACUGAGACGAUGGAAAAUGCGAUCGAGAACGCUGUCAAUACGGCUCUGACCCUGCGUACCGGUGCUCCACCAUCCACGGCUCUGUCCCCGCGUACCGGUGCUCCACCUACCACGGCUCUGUCCCCGCGUACCGGUGCUCCUCCUACCACGGCUCUGUCCCCGAGUACCGGUCCUCCUCCUACCACGGCUCUGUCCCCGCGUACCGGUGCUCCUCCUACCACGGCUCUGUCCCCGCGUACCGGUGCUUCUCUUACCACGGCUCUGUCCCCGCGUACCGGUGCUCCUCCUACCACGGCUCAGACCCCGCGUACCGGUGCUCCUUCUACCACGACUCUGUCCCCGCGUACCGGUGCACCUCCAUCCACGACUCUGGCUCCGCGACCUGGUGCUCCUCCUACCACGGCUCUGUCACCGCGUACCGGAUCAUUUUUAUGA